GGAAUAGACAUCUUCGUGGGUGACCAGAGAGUUCACUAUGAGUCUACUACGCUCAGUCAUACGGCCAAUGGCUAGGAGCUACGCCACCGCCGUAACGGGAUAUGGUAGGGAAGUGGAUGGUUUCGUGGGUGCGGUCGGUAACACUCCAUUGAUUCGUCUGAAUGCACUCUCUCGCGAAACAGGAAGCACCAUAUUGGCCAAAGCGGAAUUCAUGUCCCCCGGCGGAUCCAUCAAAGAUAGAGCUGCGUUAUAUCUCGUAAAAGAUGCAGAGGAGAAAGGCUUGAUAAGACCGGGAGGGACGGUGGUGGAAGGUACAGCGGGUAAUACGGGGAUAGGUUUGGCUCAUGUUUGUCGGAGUAAGGGAUAUGAGUGUGUCAUUUAUAUGCCAGAUACGCAAAGUCAAGAGAAGAUUGAUUUGUUGCGGAUGUUAGGGGCGGAUGUGAGACCUGUUCCUGCCGUGGCAUUUGACAACCCUCAAAACUACAACCACCAAGCUAAAAGAUACGCCGAAUCACUCGAUAACGCGGUAUGGACCAAUCAAUUUGACAACACGGCCAAUCGAAACGCUCACAUCCUCACUACCGGUCCUGAAAUAUGGGAACAAACCGAUGGGGGAAAAUUAGAUGCGUUCAUUUGUGCCACAGGGACAGGUGGGACAUUAGCCGGUGUCACUCGAUAUCUCCAUGAGAAAAGUGGAGGUAAGGUUGAAGGUUGGCUGGCUGAUCCACCUGGAAGUGUGUUAUACAGUUUGGUACAAAAUGGGAAAUUGGAGAGGACAGGGACGGGUAGUAUAACAGAGGGCAUAGGUCAAGGUCGUCUAACAUCAAACUUAAAACCAGAUAUAGAACUUCUCUCUGGCGCAAUACACGUUCCCGAUACAGAUUCAAUCAAUAUGAUAUAUCGUCUUUUACAUGAAGAAGGAUUAUAUCUCGGUGCAUCAUCAGCUUUGAACGUAUGGGCAGCUGUAGAGUUGGCUAAGAGGAAAGGGAAAGGAAGUACUAUUGUCACUGUUUUAUGUGAUGGAGCUUAUCGAUACCAAGCCCGACUAUUUUCCAGAGUAUGGCUAGAAAGUAAAAACUUAGUAGGAGCCAUACCUGAUCAUCUUCAAAAGUAUAUAGUCUUACCUUGAAAUCACACUUGUCAAGAACAACAUUAGAGCAUAUGCAAAUCAUCUUGAUGUCUUGUUCU